AAAUCCAUAAACGAGCUAAUGACGUCAGGGCGAAUAGGGGCGUGUGAAGAUGGCGGCGCUCGUGAUGAGAGUUGGUCCUGGUUCUUUCACUUCCGUCCGGGUUCACAGACCCGCUUUGCGCUCCGCUGCUGCCGCGAUACUCAGAUCCGUCAGUGUGUCUUCCACACAGUCAUUCUCGUUCCCAGAGAAGGUGAAGAUUGUAGAGGUUGGUCCCCGAGAUGGACUUCAGAAUGAGAAGACUGUCGUUCCAACAGAGGUGAAGAUCCGUCUGAUUGAUAUGCUCUCAGAGGCAGGGCUUCCUGUCAUUGAGGCCACAAGCUUUGUUUCACCUAAAUGGGUCCCUCAGAUGGCUGAUCAAGAGGAAGUGAUGCGUGGCCUCCACAAGAAACCUGGCGUGAACUACCCUGUUCUGACCCCUAAUCUGAAAGGAUUCCAGGCUGCAAUGAAGGCUGGUGCAAAAGAGGUGGCAAUCUUCGGUGCUGCGUCCGAGCUCUUCAGUAAGAAGAACAUAAACUGUUCAGUGGAUGAGAGUCUUGUGCGAUUUGAGGAGGUGAUGAGAGCAGCCAAUCAAGAGGGGGUUCCUGUGAGAGGCUAUGUGUCAUGUGUGCUGGGUUGUCCAUACGAAGGGAAGGUAUCGCCGAACAAAGUGGCAGAGGUUGCUAAGCGACUGUAUUCCAUGGGCUGCUAUGAGAUUUCACUUGGCGAUACUAUCGGAGUGGGCACUCCGGGCGGCAUGACGGAGAUGUUGAAUGCUGUGAAGAAAGAGGUUCCUGUGGAGGUUUUAGCAGUUCACUGUCAUGACACGUACGGACAAGCACUCGCUAACAUACUUGUAGCAUUACAGAAUGGAGUAAGUGUCGUGGACUCAUCCGUUGCAGGGCUGGGCGGCUGCCCUUAUGCCCAAGGGGCUUCUGGGAAUGUUGCAACUGAAGACGUGGUCUAUAUGCUACACGGACUGGGAAUCCAUACUGGAGUGGACCUGCCCAAACUCUUGGACGCUGGCUCAUUUAUCUGUCAUUCACUCAACAGAAGGACAAAUUCAAAAGUAGCUCAGGCCUCAUGCAAGCUCUGAAGUCUUCUUUCCCUUUAUAGUGAUUAUAGUCAUUAAUCUUUUGGAGUUCACACUACAUUAAUCUUAAUUUAUAACAUAUAUUUAUAAAUAAGUAUUUCUAUAGACAGUGGAGCUGGACGUUGAGGCAUCUGUUCUCUACUGUGAAUGUGUGAAUGAGUCUAGGGGUGAGCUCAUAUCACCCACAAUUGACAACCACAGACCCAAACUGUUCUCUUGUGCCUUGAUUUCCGAUGACAGGCAAUCUUUGUAUAUGUAUAUUUAAAAAAAAAAUUAUAUUUUACAUAGUGCAGAACCAAGAUUGUUCAACGUGUAAAGGUAAUAAAUGCCAGAAGGGGACGUAAUUUGACUUGAUGCAAAUGUAUUGCUGAUUAGACUUCAUCACAUUACCGAUCUUGAUUAGCAUUAUUAUCAGUGUCUCUCAGGUUUCAUACUUGUGUCCUUGUAUGUUUUUUGACUCAUUUUGAAGACGGAAAUCAUCUGUCAUUACCAGACAAAUCCAUUUCCAUGCUGGUAAUUAUAACACACCCAUUACAAUGAAAAGACUCUCAGAAUUUCAGAUUCCAUACUAAAACAUGACUACAAGUAAAUUUUGUCUCCAGGAAGAAAUAAGAAUAAUCUGAGUGUUUUUUUCCACCCUGUUUUUUCAGGAUUGCUAAUGCCUGUGAAUUUCUUUAAAUUAUUUUUCAGCCAUGUUUUGUGGGUGCAACAACGUGUUGUUUCUAUUUGUGUUGUUAACUGACAUUAUUGUAUUUACUUUUAUCAGUGUGUAUGAUUUUUAAUAAGAGAUUAUUAAUGAUUAAAGGCAGGGUAAUGAGAAA